UGCUCUAGAUUCCAUGUAGUUUAUGUGUUUAAAAUACCGAGCGAAUGCUCGAUACCGAGUUUGCGAUUAGAUAAUUACAUUACUCCCGCAUUCUCUACAGAUCACGAGGUGAUGCAUGCGGUGGUUGGGAGCAAGUGAACAUUAAUCAGCUCUCUUCUAUUCGCUCAUUCAUCAUAAUUCGGUGAUGUGCCAAAUUUGAAUCGUCAAAGAUGGAGAAAUCGUCAUCCAGUUUUGUUCCACCGGACGGUGGAUGGGGUUGGGUAGUUUGUUUUGCUUCAUUCCUGGUUAAUGGGACAAUUUUUGGCAUCAUGAAUUCUUCGGGUAUCCUCUUCGUCAAAUUGAAAGAGACUUUCCAAGGAGCUGCCUUCAGUACCUCAUGGGUGGAAUCCAUAUCAAUUGGAAUGACAUUUUUACUAUCGCCAAUAGCUAGCGUUCUUACGGACAAAUUUGGAAUAAAAAGAACUGCUUUAUUAGGAGGUUUUUUAGCAACUGUAGGAAUGUUAACUAGUUCCUUUGUGCAGCAAUUGCCCCUAUUGUGUCUGACUUAUGGAGUGAUACUUGGGACAGGUGCAUCGCUCUGUUAUACUCCGUCCUUAGUAAUUUUAGGUCAUUACUUUCAUCGCCAUUUAGGUUUGGUUAAUGGAAUUGUUACGGCUGGGAGUUCUGUAUUCACUAUGGUUAUGCCAUUUCUUCUUUCAUAUCUUUUACAUACAGUGCAGUUUGCAGGAACCAUGCAGAUUUUAUCUGUAAUGAUGGCAGUGUUAAUGGUGUGCGCUCUAACAUUUCAACCUCUCGUCAGUCAUAAUCCUACCAAACAUUCCACUUCAAAAGUAACGGAUGUAGAAAAAUCUUGUUGUUCUCAAAUAUGGCACAGUAUUAUACAUGUCACUAUAUGGAAAAAUAAAAAAUAUUUAUGCUGGGCUCUCUCUAUACCCACUGCUUUAUUUGGCUAUUUUGUCCCAUAUUUGCAUUUAGUACAACAUGUGAAAGAUAUUUUACCCGAUGCAAAUGGUAGUAUUUUAGUCAUGUGUAUAGGAUUGACAUCUGGAUUAGGUCGGAUUAUAGUAGGGAAAGUUGCAGAUCAUCCUCGUAUCAACAGAAUUUGUCUUCAACAGAUUUCUUUCUUGUGUAUAGGAGUUUUGACCAUGCUCCUGGUUAUAGCAAAAGAUUUUAUAAUUUUAGUAGUGAUGUGCCUUUUCUUUGGUUUAUGCGAUGGCUGUUUCAUAUCAUUAUUGGGCCCCAUUGCAUUUGAUCUCGUGGGACAUAAAGCAGCUUCUCAAGCCAUAGGAUCUCUUUUAGGAUUUGUGUCAGUACCAUUAACAAUUGGACCUCCAGUAGCGGGAUUGCUGUAUGAUAAAUUAGGAAAUUAUACAAUAGCUUUCAUAGCAGCUGGUAUUCCUCCAAUUUUGGGUGCUAUUUUAAUGUGUAUAAUUCAUAGAAUGCCACAGCCCCGUCGUAGAGACAAUCUGGAAACUCUAAAUCAUAUCUGCACACAAGGAGUACCUUGUUUGGAUGAGAAAGGAAAACAAGCUUACGGAAUAGCCACGUGGGAAGAAAAAUCUGAAAUCCUACCGGCCCUUGUUCCAGAAACGAUUUCAAAAUCUGCCGAAUUAUGAUCUUGUCUCUGCACUAUUAUAAAUUUAUAUUUUUUAUAUAAAUGUGCAGUAUUAAAAAUAAACUAUUUUAUGCUAAA